UCGUCAUCGUCGACGAUCGUCAGCGCAGCAGUAACAUGGCUGACGAUGGCCGUAUCGUCGCUUUUACUGACCAUGGCGAUAUUCAACAUAGGGCGGAAUGACUUCAAAGAAUAAACCUUUUUUUCGCUCUCUUGUAAAAUUUGAGUGCCGUAAGAUAGGCGGUUUUGCAAUUGGACGAUGGGCAGUUUUGCAAAAACAUCGACGAAAUUAGUUAAUAACAGCAUAUACUUUUCAUAUUCGAGUUGAAGUUUGUCGCGUUGAUAUGCUGCUAUGUUCUUCGGCUUUGGUGUCACGAAAGGAAUGUUCCAUUACUGCGGCAGGACUGGUGUUUUCUAGAUUGCAAACACAUUACAUUUAUGCUCAAAACAUCCAGAAACUGUUCGAAAGAUUCCCUUUUGGAGGGACAGCUCGUUUGUAUCACUUUUCGUAUAUGGUGUCAUUUAGGUAUGAUAUUUUGGUUGAAACAGCAUAGACAUUUCCCAAACAAGUUAUGGGGAAUACUGCUCGCGUAGCUGUCCUUGACCAGAUCUAACUGUAGAUCGCCAGACAUAAUUGUUGAUCGUUCUGCUUAUGUUCACUGUGACAUUUAUGCUAAGAAACUAAAUAGUACUUUAUUAUUUGUUAGUAAGUCCCCGAAGCUAACUAAAUCCUUUUUGAUAGCCUUGAAGUAUGCUAUAAAAUUUGCUCUGAAAAGCGAUGCUUGAGCAAGAGAGUGCCUCGACUACGAGUUAUGUGAUAAGUCCGUACUCUUCUCAGUUCUGAUUCGAAUGGGUGUGGAUGUUACAAGUGUCACAUAACCUCAAGUAGUCCCCUUGAUCCAAUCGUUACAUUUUUAGUUUCAAAAUUGAUAAAUGAACGUUUGAAGGCUUUUGAUUUUGAGAGUUGUUGUUGUAACAGGAUAAAAAUUCCCCAACGAGUUUUAGGGAAAUGAUGCUGGAGUGACAGUCAUUAGGCAGGUAUUAAUCCGGGUCGUUGCGGUUACGUAGACCCGAACGCCGUGGGAACGGGCUUUUGGAAAUGCUAAUCUUUGGCUUCGUUAUUUGAAAUAUUGAGCAUUUCCUACCAGAAUUCCGUUAGUAUUCACGAUAAACUGACUCAAAGGGUUUUUAUUUUAACAAAAAAAUAUUUGAAAUAAAAACCAAACCAAAUAAUUACAUUUUUUCGGGCAGGAGCUUUUUGCUACUUCACGUUAAAUUUAACCGAAAACAUUGUUCUAACCUCGAUUUGAAAUACAUAAUUCCUUUAUGAACAUUUUUAUUAACUCUGGUAACCCCAAAACCACGUUUCAUUUUGGUUUGGCUUAGGAGCAUUUCGACAUUACAGAAAUCAUGGUCACAUACAAACAUAAACAGUACAUGCCUCACUGACCAUCCAUCUAUCGACGUUGUGUCUAACCUACUGAUAUAUUUUCAAACGUAUAAAAAAAGAUAUAAAAUUUUUGCUUCGUUUAAAAAAGAUUAUUAAAAACUGUUACUUUUAUUUUAUUAAACGCACAAGUGACUAAUUAUAGCAUAUUUAUUUCUCAUCAGAAUAUAACAAAUCUCAUUAACUCUGCAAUUUUCUUGUCUUCUCUUUUUUCAUUUUUUACUAUGGCUGCUACGUAACUCACCAAAUUUAACAAAAAAAAAAAUAAAAAAUUAAAUAUAUGUUUGCAUUCAACAACAUCUAACAACCAAUCGAUAAAUCAACCAACCAACCAACAACAAUCAAUUCAAUAAAACUAAUCUAGGGUAAUAAUAAGAACAUUUUGGUAAAGAAAGUUUUCAUUUUAAAAGGCGGUAAUAAUACGUAAUGAUGAGCCAACGAUAUGAUCAGCGGUAGUGGAGGAGGAGGAGGUGGCGGGGUAGGCGUCAUAGGCGGGAGCAGUGGUAGUGGCGGCGGCGGCGGCGGCGGCGGCGGGAGCAACAACAUUAGCGGCAGUGUGGUAAGCGCUACACGUCUCAGCCGCGCUCAGCAGCACCACCACCAACAACAGCAGCAGAGCAGCGGCUCGAGCGGCUUGGCCGCCAUAGCUGCAGCUGCCACUGGCGCCCAACCGAUCGCCACCAGCAGCGGUACACAUCGCACACGCAUACUGCGUGGCCAUGCAGCACAAACAACCACCGGUGAGCGUGUGUUGCUUAUCAACUAUGUGUCGCCUAGCGCAUCGGCUGCUACAUCACCCAACACCCAGACGCACACGGUCAGCACAGUCGCGACGAGCGGUGGUGCUGGCACUACAACAACAACGCGCAAAAUCCUCCAUGCCAGAGCGGCGGCAGCGACGCACGCGAACGUCAGCACCGCCACACCCGUCUCGUUUGCUGGCCUCGGUUCUGAGGUGACGGUGACGCUGACGCGUUCUGGUAAAUCGACCGCCGGUCAUAUUGUACGUAAUCAUAGUAUUGCCACUGAGACGACAGAACAACAGCAACAGCAACAACAGCAUCACCAUCAUGUGAGCAGCAGUUCGCCGCCGCCGCUGGUCUUCACGACGACGGCGCACAGCGAUUUGCAUCAUCACCAGCAGCAACAGCAGCAGCACGAAAUAGUUGAACAGCAAACACAUCAGCACCAUCAGUUGUUAACGCAUCGGCAAUUGCAGCAGCAGCAGCAGACAACAACGACGGUGCUGGAUCCUUUAGAUUUAGAAGAUCAGGAUGAAUAUCAGCAACAGCAACAACAACAUCAGCAAAUUAUCAUUGAGCAUCACGGUGGCAGCGCGCAGACACAGCAGCAGCAGACGAAUGAAGAAGAGAUGCUUGAGUAUGACGACGAAGAGGAGGUGGAAGAGCAUCACUUGCAGCAAUUGCAGGAGGUGCAGGAGCAGCAAGAAUGCGAUGGCGAUCAAGUGGAGGAAGUGUAUCUCAACUGAAAGCGGCGGCGUUGGGAGCUCAGAAGCUGCGGGGGCUGUCGCAGGGCGCAGUGAAUGUUGCGGAUGCUGACCGCUUAAUUUGUAAAAAUGUUUUUCAUCAAAAAUUUAUAGCUCGAAAACUUCACAGAAGUUAAACCGCAGAUCAGAUCGUGAAAUCAGUUGGGAAGUCAUCAAAAUUAAUUGUAAAUAGUUUAAUGUUUUUUUGCAAAUGUUUUACCUAUAAUAAUACAACAAAAAUUUUUAGCAAACAUGAUUUUCGUGUAUACAUAGUAAUAAGCGGCGGCUUAAUAGGUUUAGAAUGAGCAACUCCAAGGCGCUCAUUAACUGAAAAUAAAAUACAACCUUAAAUAAUUCGAAUUCAGUUUCUGAAUCUCAAUUUUUGUAUCAAAAGUGUGGUAAAUAAUAGAAUUUUUUCAAAAUAUUGUUCUCCAUUGAACAUUUUCAGCAGUCUGUUUGUGGAAAUAAAGUUUAAUGGUGUAUUUGUAACGAAGUAGGUAAAGUAGAUUCAAUUAAAUUAAAAAUCAGUAAGUAUUAAAAAUUUCGCAGCAGUAGAAUUAUAAAAAAAAAUAUAUAUAUGUAUAUACAUACAUACAUAUUUUACGAAACAUAAAAAAGCAUAUCUACUUUUAGAACUAAAACUUAAUUAAGUUAUUGUUAAUUAAUAAGUGGAUAGAUAAGUUAUUGUAGUAAAAUUUCAUACUUUCGAAAAUAAAAAAAAGUCGGAACUAUUCUUAAAUAUAAGCAGAAAAUUAAAUACAUAAUUUAAAAUAUACUGUGGCAAUGUCUUUAAUCUAGAUGCAUUUUU